CCGGCUUGAGAAAUCUCGCAGUCGUUUCUCGAUCGCCUGCUAGUCCGGAGCGUUUGACUAGAAGGCCUUCUUGUCCUUUCCAAAUUAUCAUUUAUUUUGAAUCACCAUACGAAUCGACAGUGACAUCAGCGAGACCACAUCGUUAAUCGUCGUUAGGUGUAAAAAAUAUUGGAGAAUGUCUCGGAAGGAGAAAACUGCUAGAAAAACAGACGUGUGACGGAUGAUCAGCGGAGGGUGAACGCGAAAGAAGAUACUUUGGCCUGAUUAUUACAAGAUCGAAAGCUUGGCGUUCGGAAAAGCGGAGACACAAGCCGCGCGGGAAAACUAAUCUAGCUUUGUAUGUAAUCGUUAACGUUGGCGAGCAUAACAAUCAGUUCUGAACUUUUCUUUCCGUGACAGUGAAAGUGUGGAAGAAAGAAGAAAUAAAACUGGCUAUCUCUUUAACGAUACUACGUGUUUACGAAAGAACGAGUAAGAAGGACGCCGUUGCAAAAGUCGGAACUCUUUCGUCGAUUUUCACGAGAAAACGUAGACACGUAUUUACGAUGAAGUCUGAACCAACCCGGUUGUUACGUAUUAUUAUACCGUUCCUGCUUCUUGGGGGAUGCGCCAGCAUUGAAAAAUUAAAGGGUAUACAUUCCUGGAAGGCACUGGAGUUUGCCUUCCCGAAUAAGCAUGCGAGAGAUCUUGCUAUACUAGAGGGCCGUUUCAUUCCGGGCGCACCGCUACCACUCGACGUGGAUUUUUAUCACAAAGCUAAACAAGGAUCUGUGAUCUUUGUUUCGAUACCAAGAUUUCAAAACGGAGUUCCAGUGACUCUCGGUUAUGUCACGGAUAACGUUUCUGCCGAGGGAAAUCCGAUAAUUGCACCCUAUCCAAACUGGGAAUGGAACAUAGUGAGGACAUUCGGACACUGCGAUGGAAUCACCAGUGUAUGGAGAAUGCAGGUGGAUUCAUGCGACAGAUUAUGGGUUCUUGACACUGGCAAAGUCGAGGAUCGGCAGAUCUGCCGGCCUCAACUGCUGUCAUUCUCGCUGCGAACAAAUAAGGUCUUGAGUCAGUACAAGUUUCCCAAGGAGCAGUUCAAGGACGAUUCUCUAUUCGUUACACUCGUAGUUGAUAACCGCGAUACCGGCAACCGAUGUCACGAUACAUUUGUCUACAUCGCAGAUGUAACCGGAUAUGGAUUGCUUGUCUACGAUCAUCGUAAUUCCCGCUCUUGGAGGAUCACUAACAAUUUGUUUCAUCCUUAUCCACCCCAUGGAACGUUCAACAUCAAGGGGGACACAUUCGAUCUAAUGGACGGUAUUCUGGGACUCGCCUUGAGUCCGUUGAAACAGGACGGCGACAAAAUCUUAUAUUUCCACUCUUUGGCUAGCAAAGUUGAAAGUUGGGUACCCACUUCCAUCAUCAGGAAUUAUAGCCUCUUUCGAGAGCACUCCGAUGCUGUGCCAAGGUCGUUCCGUCCAUUCGUUAUGGAAAGGUCAUCGCAGUCGGCCGCUCAAGCUAUGGAUCAAAACGGGGUUCUCUUCUUCGGUCUUUUAUCAGAUCUAGCUAUUGGAUGUUGGAACAGUCUCACGCAUCCUGAAUACGGUGGUACCAAUACCGAAGUUGUUGUCAUCAAUCCCGACACCCUGCAAUUUCCGUCUGGAAUGAAGAUCAUCACCGCGAAGAAUGGCCGUCAAGAGUUAUGGGUUCUCACAUCGUCAUUCCAAAAGCUCAUGGCCGGCACCAUGAGUGCGAACGAAACGAAUUUCCGGAUACAAGCCGGUUACGUGGACGAGUUGAUUCGCGGUACCAAGUGUAACGGUAACAGCGGGGUCAAUCUUGAUCACAAUCGCAAUUUCGGGCCGCCGCUGUUCGCUAAAUGAAGAUCGUGGCACCGCGGGGAGUUCGACGUUCCGCGUUUCCGCACAGCGACGUCUACCGAUUGGUGGUACAAAUAUCCGAAUUUCUUCGCAGAGUAUUAUUUCUCACCGUAUUCAUCGUAUUCAUUCCCAAGAUUUUUCAGCAGGCCAUCCUUUUUUCCUUCAAUCGUAAAGUCUGUUUACAGUUUCAGACCGGUCGAUUACAUUAUCUUUAUCAAUCGCGAUUAAAGAAAUGCGCGAGACUACGUGUACUCUGAUUCUCUGAUACGUGUAAAGAACGAAUAGCCCGCUCGUAAUGUUCGUAAAAUUUAAUAAAAUUUAUCAGCUCGAAAAACCAGUUCGAGCGUACUACUCAGCGGUGCCAGCAAGCUUUUUAAUUUACAAUUAUUCAUCCUAGUGCCGUGGUAUAUAUAAAUAAGAAUAUUUAUUAAUUACAUUAAGAAUAAUUAAUUAGCACAUGUGGCUGAAGACAGCCACUACCACGGGACAAAAAUAUUUACCGUUCAUAAUAAAUAUUUUCUUAUUGUUGUUGCAAAUAAUGAACAAUAUGUAUCACAGUAUGCAUGCGUUUUUGACUCGACUAUUGUAUAAUACAUUUCAUGUAUCUACAUCUCUGUAUAAUAAAUGUUGCUAUUAAUAAAAAAUAA